UGGUGUCACACCGGCAAUCGUUACGUCGGUUUUCAUAGGCCUUGGCAUCGUGUUUUGUGGAUGCGCAAUGGUCCAUAACGUCUUCGUGUGGCAGAGGGAGAAGACGAAUGCCGUGAAGGCGUUAGCGCGCGAACAGUGCGAAGCGGCGGUACAGCUGCAGCGUCAGCAACAGCUGCAACAGCACCAGAACCAGCCCCAGCUACAACAGCAACAACAACUACGUGGCCCGUUAACCAUCCACCAUGCUGGCUGCCCAACGAAAGUCGGGCCCGUGACGAACCAACUAAAUACCAGCCACGCAACGCACGGCCGAGCUGCACAGUACCAACACUAUCAUCACCAUCAUCAUCAUCGACACGUGUCAAUGUCCCCACCGCCCUUGUUGCUCUCAUCGCCAGUUCCGAUCGCGGCGACGCACAAUCAUCAGAACGUGAGCGGACACAGAAACGUGGUUAAGCCACCGGAUACAUCAGCAGAUAGAUCGCCACCGAGUCCUGGAAAUAAGCUAAAUAGAUCGCAGCAUUUGCCACGGGAAGCAACCGGCAGCGUCAGUCCUGGUCUUCCGGCUGCCACAUUGGAUCUAAGUAGCGCAGCAACCACCAAUAGUCCGCAUGAAUUGUCCACGUUAGUUUAGAAAUUUGGUCCGAACAUUAUAUCUUCACAUAGGAUUGGAGAUUAAUAGUUGAUAGUUAAUUUACACAUCGAUCUUUUUAUUUGUAAAUUGGGUCGUGGUUUAGAGUUGGUUUGUAAAAAUUCGAUCCUAAUUGUUAAAUGAUGAAUAUUGAUUAAGAAUAAUAGGCAUUGAUGUACCAAUCUUUUUUUAACUUAUAUACUUGAGCACACGCAUUGGAGAUUUCACUUUUAUUCAGUGAAACAGCAACUCCAUUAUUCGCUUAUUCAAUACGGCAAUUGCAUAUAUUUCAUGGACAUUUUAACAAUGUUUUGAAUAAUUUCUAACGGUACAAUUGUGAUGAAGUGAAAAAAAUCGUGAUAAGAAACAGAGAGAAAAGUUGCUCGUUAAUGAAUAUUGACCAGAAAUAAAGUAAUUUCUAAAGAAUAUCCCGAAGACGUCGUAGAUAUUACGAAAGGAAUGAUUAAUUUAUACCCGCGUGUAUCUUGCCAUUACCAUACUAUUAUUAUUAUUAUUAAUAUUGUUAGUAGUACUCGAUUACAUUAUUAUUAAUAUUAAUAUUAUUGCCUUAUUAUUAUUAAUGUUAUGGAACCUCUAGUCCUAGGUUACUUUCGCUGCCACGAAAAGAUAAGAUUUUCGAAUUUUUUACUAUUACGUGUAAUUCAAGUUUUCCUGUUGCGCAUGCGCAGUAGAAAGAAAGUUAGCGGAACUCAAAUCUCGAACUAUAGAGAGUUGAAAAGUAGUAAAAGUAAAAAAGCACGAAUAACAUUUGUAUUUGUGCUGGAUUAAGUUUGAUAAUUGAAAAUUGAGUUUGAUGAUAACAUUUUUUUCGUAUUCGCUUUGGUAAAUAUUAGUUUUAUUUAAAAUUGAACAAAGCAUUUUAUGUUUUUCAAAUACGGUACAUAAUCGUAAUAUCGAAUUUUGUAAACUGAUAGUAAGAAACUCUAUAAUUCGAGACUGGAACUUUGAUCAAGUUCACAUUGAACGUAAACUGACUUAAUUUUGUUAUUUAAGCGUGUAUACUAUACGUGUUUGUUCCUUCUUCUCUUGUGCGCAGGCUAUAGCUUAAUUACUUCCAAUAAACGCAGUUAUAUCGAAUCAAUGACCGAUACAAAUUUAGAUAUUAGGAUUAUUUAAACAAGAGAUUAAAAACUAAAAAGUAUUGUUUUUAUACUGCAUAUGUACAUAUGUAAUAUGAACGACAGUUUGUGUAAUAAUAUGUACCCCUCUUCUUAGUUUACUUUUGUAUAUUUUGCGACAUUUGAUAUUAAUUUUAUGAGGAACGUACUUACACUUUAUCUUUGUAAUUAAAUGUGAAAUGAAAGAAAAGAAAUGACAUGAGAAAAGGAAAUUCGAUGUAUGAGUAUAUACGAAUUGACGGAAUUAAAAUUUAACGCUAUAUUUAAAUAGAAGACGUGAAAUAUCUUGUCAUCUUAAAAUAACUUGAUCAUUCCUAUUCUUUUACAUAAAAACACUUUUCGACUGUAACUUAAGAAAAAUGUCUGCUAACGUGAAACGUGCCAGAAAAAAUUAACAACUUCCAUUAAAUUGGCAAAUUUCUCAUUAAUAUCGUAAAACUCGCGUUUACAAAGAUCAGAUCAGUGUACAUAAUAUACAAAACAAAUGCAGAAUAUAUAAAUAUAGCACAUACGUUCUGAAUUAUAUUCGAAUUGGGCAGGGUAACCAAGUGAAAAUAUGUAAAUUUCACGAUGUGUAAUGUACACUUUAUCGAACUUGUAAGUAGUGUAGAAAUAGAAUAUUUUACACGUAACAAAAUAUACAAACGACAAUACACAAGUUAAAUUAUUUGUUAGAUCCAUGUAUAACAAGCAUAGUACAAAAGUGUUUUAGCUUUAUGUACUGGUAAUUAUGAGAAAUACCAACUUAAUAGAUGUAUUUGAUAUGUACCUAGUUAAGAAAACAAUAAAUUAUUCUGAACAGAUAAAGCGUUUAGUAGCUUGUGAAGUGUGAAUUUUCGAAAACGUAAGUAUUUUAUAUCUAAGUAGUUAAGAAACGCGAGCAAGGGAAAUCAAACAAAGGAACAAAGUUUUUUUGUUUAAAAAUAUUUAAUUUGUUGUUCUAUUAUCCGAGGUUAGAAGCGAUAAUGUACAAAAUCUGAAUAAAUAAGAUUCUUCAAUAUUAUUGAAUUUUAAUUCUAGGGUAAAGUAAUAUAUCCGCAUAUUUUAUUUAUAUACAAUAUGUAUAAAUAAUGAUGUGAUUUGACUAAUUUUGUUGAAAGAAUAUUUGUACUUUUUACGUAAAACUUCA